AUGUCGUACAUGCUAUCGCAUCUACACAAUGGGUGGCAAGUGGACCAGGCAAUAUUAUCCGAGGAAGACAGAGUAGUCGUUAUACGAUUCGGACAUGACUGGGAUCCGAUGUGUAUGAAGAUGGACGAAGUGCUGUACAAUAUUGCAGAAAAGGUGAAAAACUUCGCCGUCAUUUAUCUCGUCGACAUUACGGAAGUUCCGGACUUUAAUAAAAUGUACGAGUUAUAUGAUCCUUGUACAGUGAUGUUUUUCUUCAGAAACAAGCACAUAAUGAUCGAUUUGGGAACAGGUAACAAUAAUAAGAUUAACUGGACCUUGGAGGAUAAACAGGAGAUGAUAGAUAUUAUAGAAACGGUAUAUCGAGGUGCAAGGAAAGGACGAGGUUUGGUAGUUUCACCUAAAGAUUAUUCAACAAAGUAUCGAUAUUAAUUUUUAUAUCUAAGAUAUUUCAUUAUAAUUGACAUUAGAAAGUAACGUAUGUGUGGGAUGAUGAAUGUUAUAUAGCUUAUAAAUUCACGGUGAUAUCAAAUGUAUUUAUAGAUGAUUGAUAAAAAUUGCAAUCGUGCUCAAAUGUCUUUUAAUAAGUUCUAUCAUACCGUCCUUUACUAUGUACAAGAUCAUACAAUUAUUUAAUUACUUAAUAUCUAUAAUUACAUGUACCAUCCGUUUUAUCAUGGUUUUGUAAAGUACCUGCUUCUUAAGUAGAACUUUCCACAGGCUCAGUCAUAUAUACAUAUAAAAUGUAAGAAAAUGCUUAAAAUCGAGACUUGGGUCAUGUAUAUUUCUUAUGAAUGUAUAUAGCUAAAAUCUCACCCUCUUAAAUCGAUGUAUCGUUCUCCAGUAAUUCUGAAAACAAACACCAUUAUUUAUACAAAUUAAUUAUACCCAUGAUGUAAAUUACUUCUGUAAAUAUAUUUCUUAAAAA